AUGGGGAGAAGGCUGAUGCUGUUAUUGCUGACUGCGCUAGGACCUUUUGACUCUGUGGACCAUGGCUGCGCCAUCGCUGCCAGAAUAAGUUGUGGGCCUGAUGCCCAUCUUAUUCACUGGGUGUCUAGUUUGCUGUCAAACAGAGCAGCCGAAGUGAGUCUGCAGAACACGCUUUCGAAACCGGUCAAGUUCACAUUUGUAGUUCUACAUGGCUCUGUUAUUGGCCAGCUGCUGUCCAUCAAAGCGGCGAAUACCCUGAGGGAGGGGCUGCUCAAAAUUCCUAACCUAGAGCAUGCGCUUAUCACGGCCGAUCGAACAGUGGCAAGAAAGGCGGAAGAUAAGAACACUAUAGAGCACACCCUGAAGCUGGCAGUGGGUUAUAUAUCAAAAUGGGGGAAAUGA